AUUUGUUGUACUAAAAAUGUUUUAAUGUUUUCGUUCGUUCAAAUUCGUGGUUUGUUUUGUCGAAUUUCCGAAUUUCUCCGGUCAUUUCUCCAUUAUUUUAUUUAAAAAAUAAUUUAUAUGGUGUAAAUCAUGAAUAGAAGCUUCCUGGGCUGUCCUCGCACUCCGGCUCCGGUAAGAAACGCCAGCUUUCUUAUGUCCGCGGCAGCUGUUCUGGAAACGCCCACUCUGCUGAGAAAUCCAUCACCAUCUUCCACCGGUGGCAAGGAAAACGCUAGUAGCUGCAGCACAACGGCCCUUCAGCCCCCAUCAGCUGCCUCUACUGCGGCGAUGCAGUUCCUGAUGUUCAACCAGCAGCGGAACAUCGUUGGGAAAUCCGGAAUGCCGACAAGUACUUCCGGAUUUAACUUUGCCAUUCCAAGCAUUCCGGACAGCACCACAACGGUGACCACUCGGAUAAUCGAAAAUCUGCAGAUUUCCAGCAGCGACGCAUCCCUCAAAAGGAAGCAAGAGGACAGUUCCAUUCUAAAGAAACCUGCUAAACGCGUACAAUUCGAACCGCUUCCGCUAAGACCCCGAAAUCAAAUGAACGGAAACAAGUGGUCCUCGAAGGCAAUACCCGCUAUAACGGCCGGUCCGUCCAAAAAUCCAUCAACUCGAAACCCUCCCAAAAAAUUGGAAGCGAACAAAUUGCGCGUUCUGACCGGAUCCGUGGAGCAUAUUCUGAAACUGACGAAAACCAACUCGGACGGAUUCCCACUGGUCGAGGUGUUCGCCAAUGUCCUGAGCGUCAAGGCCGGAGCUUACGAGUGCGAAAAGAUACUGCUGCUGCGCAAUCGAACCGGACCGAUCAUGCAAGGAGUGUUCUACGAGAUCGACUUCCGCAUGCCGGUGGUAAGCGUUGGGGACUUUGUGCGCUGUGUAGGGCGCCUAUCCGGCGGCAGUCGGCUGCAGAUCCUGAAGUUGACGCUGGCCAGCUCGGAGGAGGAACGGAUGAGCCAACGUUUGCAGACGGUAAGUGGAUUUGUGGUGGCGGUCAAACGAUAGGAGAGUGGGGUGGGGAGUUGAACCAGCUCGAUUUCUGUCUUUCUGUGUGUGAUUUUUGAUUUUUAAUUGUUGGGUGGUCCAUCCUCAAUUAUGCUGGCAAAUAUUGAUGAAUUCUUUAGACGAGUAAUAUCAAAUAUGGUGUUUAAACGCAAUUUUAUGGAUUUCUCUAAAAAUAACAGCAAAUUACAAUUUACAAUUUAUGUUACUAUCUACACUUAAGUACUGUUAAACAUUAUGUAUCCCAAGAUCUCUUAAUAUCAAAAUACAAUCCAACUCGAGUUUAUAAA